AUGAUGGAAGAAGGCGGCGUUACCGUUUGUGUGCGAGUGCGGCCACUUAUUGCCAGGGAAAAGGAAGACCUGGAUGAAAAAGGCCAAGUUUCAUGGAAAAGUGAAGACUGCACAGUAUCACAAACAGAUGGAACCAGGUCAUUUGCCUUUGAUCGUGUGUUCCACUCUAACAACAGCACAAAGGAAGUCUACCAAGGUGUGGCUGCUCCUAUUAUCAAGUCGGCGGUUCAAGGAUAUAAUGGGACUAUUUUUGCUUAUGGUCAGACCGCUUCAGGCAAAACGUACACAAUAUUGGGUACCAAAGAUGGUCCAGGUAUCUUAGCCAUGGCAAUUAAUGAUGUCUUCAAUACGAUCUGCAGAAUUCCAGAUAGGGAAUUCCUGCUCCGUAUAUCCUACAUGGAAAUUCAUAAUGAAACUAUACAAGACUUGCUAUGCAGCAACAAUAGGAAAAAGAAGUCACUGGUUGUUCGCGAAGACAUCAAUAGAAAUAUCUAUGUUGAAGAUCUGAAUGAAGAAGUAGUGGUUUCUCCAGAAGAGGUUAUGAGCUGGCUGAAGAAAGGAGAAAAAAACAGGCACUAUGGUGAGACAAAAAUGAAUGAAAGAAGCAGCCGCUCUCAUACAAUUUUUAGAAUGAUCAUUGAAAGUAAAGAAAAGUAUACUUCUGGCUCGAGCUAUGAAGGAGCUGUAAUGGUUUCCCAUUUGAAUUUUGUAGAUCUGGCAGGAAGUGAAAGAGCCAGUCAAACAGGGGCUGAAGGGAUUCGACUUAAAGAAGGGUGUAAUAUUAACCGGAGUCUCUUCAUCUUGGGCCAAGUUAUCAAGAAACUUUGUGAUGAUCAGUCUGGAGGCUUUAUCAACUACAGGGACAGUAAGCUAACAAGAAUUCUCCAGAACUCCUUGGGUGGAAAUGCCAAGACUGUUAUUAUAUGUACAAUUACACCAGCAUCAUUGGAAGAGACUCUUAGCACACUCCAGUUUGCCAGUACAGCUAAAAAGAUGAAGAAUACCCCGAAAGUCAAUGAAGUUCUUGAUGAUGAUGCUCUUCUAAAGAGAUACCGUAACGAAAUAGAAGAAUUGAAACGCCAACUGGAAGAAGUUUCGUCGUAUUCCCAAACCAAAGAUCAGUUAGCACAACUCUUGGAAGAGAAGAAUUCCGUUCAGAAUGAGCAGCAAGACAGAAUAAGAGCACUCACAGAGAUGUUGGUGACUUCAUCCUCUUUUUUGCGAGAACGAGAGCGAAAGGAUAAAAAGAAGAGGCGUGUGACCUGGGCCCCCGGGGCUUUAAGCCAAGAUGGGGGAAUCCCUUUCCUGGAAGACAUUCCUGGAAGAGCUAAGCGCUUCAAAAGUUCUUUGCCUUGUGUGACAGAGAUGGAAGAAUCUGUAUCCUCGGACAUCUCCGACUAUGAAGAUCCACCCAGUGUUAUGCCUGAGGAGGAAUGGAUCCCGGGAUCGAAAAUAAGCUUUACUUCUAGGAGAGAGUCGAUUCAGCUUUGCCAAAGCCUCUUGGAAGAAAGGGAUAAUGCCGUCACUGAACAGCAAACUAUAAAAGCAAAAUUUGAUAGUGUGUGCUUGGAGAAAGAACAGCUGACCUAUGAACUCACAGAGCUGCAUGAGAAAAUAUCAACCCAUGAGUUUAUGGCCCUUGAGAAACAGGCUUCUGAAGAGCAGGAGAUGCAACUAAUGCAUGAAAUUACCAACUUAAAGGCUAUAAUUUCAAAUGCAGAAAUAUACAAUCAAGACCUUCAGCAAGAAAUAAACUCAAAAGACAUGCAAUGCAAGAAACAAGAGGAAAGAAUCACAGCGUUGGAAGAGCACAAUAAGAAACUUAAAAGCCUUGUAGAAGAGUUUAAAAAAGACAAAAAUGAUUCAACCAUUUUAGUAGUAAGUCUGAACCAGCUCUCAGAUACUUGCAAUCAAAUUGAAAAAGAUCUUGGAAGCUACAAGACCCAAUUAGAAAGAGGAAAAGCCAACUAUAAAAAAAUGCAGUCUGAUCUCCAGAAAGAGCUACAGUAUUACAUGCAAGAAAAUGCAAAGCUGACAUCACUGGUGGAAGUUAACAAUUCAAAAGACUUGCUACCAUAUAUAGAGUCGGAAAGGAAAAUGGAGGAUUUAAAAAAUCAGCUUAAUAAAGCCUUGGACGAGAACAUGGAUUUAAAGGAAAAGUUGGCUGGUUUAUCAGAAGUAAACUGUGGAUCAGAUCUUGAAAUCUUACAUAAAGAAAUUGUUGAAAAAAACGACACAAUUGCUUUGCUGAUGUCAGAAAAAGAAAUGUUGUGGUCUCAAGUUGCUGAAAAAGAGAGAAAGCUUCAUGAAGCAACUCAAGCGUUGGCAUCCAAAAUGGAUUUAGCCAAUGAUGAAGUGAUAAGAGGACACACCGCAGCUUUUGAAGAACUCAGACAGCCAUGUGAUAAAUUGGAGCAGAAAUCCUUGGAUGUGGCUGAAGAAGACAAAUCCAUGAAAACACAAAUAGAUUCUUGUUCCAAUGGAAGUCUCAAUACUUCCAUCAGUUAUAAUACCCAAGAGCAAUCUACCAAAAAGGAAGAAGAAUUAGAGGAAAAGGGCUAUCAGUUGAAGGCUUGGGAGUCCAAAAUGGAAGCCGAGGAGGCACAAAAGUCAGACAUGAUGGAAAGACUUCAGGAGGAUAAAGAAAAAAUAAGAGCCUUGACCCAAGAAAGAAAUGACUUCAAACAAAAACAGGAAGCCCUUGAGAAGGAGAGAGAUCAGCUCAAAGAAGUUAUACAAGAUACCAUCUCGAUGCAAUCUACCAAAAAGGAAGAAUUAGAGGAGAAGAGCUUGGAGCAAGAGGAGCUGCUCACCCUUAAAAAACAACUGGAUGAAGCGCAUGAAAAGCUGAGUGAAAUGGAAGAGCUCAAAGGUCAGUUGAAGGCUUGGGAGUCCAAAAUGGAAGCCGAGGAGGCACAAAAGUCAGAGAUGAUGGAAAGACUUCAGGAGGAUAAAGAAAAAAAUAGGGCCUUGACCCAAGAAAGAAAUGACUUCAAACAAAAACAGGAAGCCCUUGAGAAGGAGAGAGAUCAGCUCAAAGAAGAUAUACAAGAUACCGUCUCGAUGAAUUUGGAACUGCAGGAACAAUUGAAUGAGGCUAAUAAUUCUCUCAGAGAACAUAAGGAAAUGGUAGAAGAACUGAAAGGAAAAACCAUAGCCACAGAUUCUCAGACUUCAAAAAUUGACGAGGAAUUGAAACAAAAGAUAUGUAAAAUCACAAGAAGAUGAGGUAAAUACCCAGAAGAAUUUGGUUCUUGAGCAACAACAGAUGUUUCAGAAAUUAGAAGAAGAGAUUAAAGAAGAAACAAAGCACCUAAAAGAAAAAAUAAUAAAAUCAAAUGAAGAGGUAAGAGGUCUUACUGAGGAAAAGAAACAGUUGACAGCCGAAUUGAGGGAGCAGGAGAAAUGUGUCCAACAGCUACUGAAAGAAAAGACCUUGCUUCAAAAGGAGAGAGAUGACCUUCAGCAGGUUACGGAGAACAUUAAGGAAGAAAUUCAAAGCCAGCUUCAGGAGACCUCCUCUGAAAACGCUGCAAAGAUAAUAAAAUUAAACAAAGAGGCCAGCAGCCUUAAUGAGGAAAAGAAACAAUUGACAGCAGAAUUGCGGGAGCAGGAGAAAUGUAUUCAACAGCUAUUGAAAGAGAAGGCAUUGCUUCAAAAAGAGAGAGAUGACCUUCAGCAGGUUAUGGAGAACAUUAGGGAGGAAACUCAAAGUCAACUUCAGGAGACCUUAUCUGAAAACGCUGCAAAGAUAAUAAAAUUAAACAAAGAGACAAGCAGCCUUAAUGAGGAAAAGAAACAGUUGACAGCCGAAUUGCGGGAGCAGGAGAAAUGUGUUCAACAGCUAUUGAAAGAGAAGGCAUUGCUUCAAAAAGAGAGAGAUGACCUUCAGCAGGUUACGGAGAACAUUAAGGAAGAAACUCAAAGCCGACUUCAGGAGACCUCUCAAAAUGCUAGAAAGGAGUCUGAAAUGAGUGUCCAGCGAAAGAUGCAAGACUGCUUUGAAAUCUUGGAAGCAAAAAUAUUCAGAAUAAUGCAAAUUUCAAAAGAAGUUUCUGAAAUGGAAGAAGAACUCGGUAGCACAGAGGUUAUGUUACAAGAGUUGGAACGUGAGAACGUAGAGAUGGAACAGUAUUUGGAACGGUGUUCAAAUCAUUUUGAUUUGCAAGGCUUUAAGGCAACAAUAAAGCAAAAUACUGAAAAGUUUCGGUCCAUCAAUCAAUUUCUACAGCCCAAAGCUGAGCCCUAUUUUCAAGCUAGAUCUGCGGUGGAAGCCAUAAACACCAACUACUGCAAAGAGAUCGAUGCUACUCUGAAAGCAUGUAAAGAAGAAACAAAGGAACUGAUUUUACAGUUAGAUGUGCUAAAGAAAGGGCAAAUGUCCUGUUCUGUUCUUAAUAUGGCAGUAAAAGAAGAAAACCGUAACCUAGGGUGUAAUCUGAAAGCAACAGAACAAGAUACAAAGAAUCUACAGUUGAAAAUACAAGAUCUAGAAAGCAUAAUAAAUGAAGAAAGAAAAAAUCUCCAGGAAAAGGAGAAAACAAUAGCCAUACUAGAAAUGAAACUUAAAGUGAGAGGUUCCAGGAGCGAAGUCAUCAAGCUUCAAGCUGCAUUAGAGGAAAAAGAAAAUUGCUUAAGAAAUGCAUUAAGUGAGAGAGAAACACUCAAGGCCCAAGUGGAUAAAGGUGUUGGAUUAUAUAAGGAGAAAAUUGAAGACCUGACAACUCAGCUUGCUAAAGCUGAUAUGGCAAGAAUGAAGCAAUCCAAAUUGUUUGAUCGAGAAAUGGCAAAUGCCAAAGCUCUGGCAGAUCAUCGGGAAGAGCAGUUAAGAAAGUUGAAGGAAGAACUUCGUAAAGCUCAACAAGAACAGGAUAUAACGGGUAAAUACAAACCAGAGUGUUAUCUCUUGGCGGUAUGA